UACAAUGUUCUUCUGCAAGAUGCGUGCAGUUCUGUUUAUUAACCGCUAGAGGGCCAAAAAUCACGUGGACUGCAGCUUUAACAAAAAAAUCUAUUUUUAACAAUAUUUUACUUAAUUAAUGGUGUUUAUUCAUGUCUUACGUUUGUAAAUGAAAGAGAUUUAUUGAAUGUGAGCACCCACGAGAUGUAUUUUAACAUAUUUGGAGUACUGCGCAUGUCUUAUUUUAACAGUCAACUCCCAGCAAACGGAUGCAGAGUAAAAGGUAAGCUCUAUGAAUCUGCUUUUAUUUCGAUUUUGCCCACAUAACGUUAAAUGUCACUCAAGAUUAGUAGUGUUUUUGUAGGUUUUUAUAAAUUGAUCUUUAUUCUGUUUUGCUAAUUUGUGCCUGAGCGCCAUCUACUGGUUUAUUUGUGUUAUUCAUAUCAAAUCUAACAUACUUUUCAUUUUCAGCAGCAGGAGAGACAGCCUGAGCCGCAACAAGAUGAUGAUGUUUGUAAGUAGGAAUGGGUAUCGUCUCUAGAACUGGUAUUAAAUAGAUUCCUGACCAACUGAAAUAUUGAUAUAAGCUCUUGGAUGAAUGAUGCUGCUACUGGUACAGUAUGUAUGUAACGUUAAUUAAUUUCCCUGUAGACACAACCACAUAAUCACAUAUCUAAACCAUCUCCAAGUGGACGGCAAGGAUCCAGGAUUAAGAGAUCAUGAAGAUCAUGCGUGAGGUUGCUUGUCCUGGGUCACUUAGAUAAGAUUAAAUUGAUUUCAAUGGGUUCUAUAUUUCAGGCCUGCCUGAACAUUUGGUUGUCCUUCCCUAUAUUAAUAAUGUACAAAAGGAUGGAACAGUAAAUGUCAUGGACCUCAUGGAUUCUGAGACAUAUUGUGCUGUUUUAUCCUAUUUAAAGAGUAGAGUUUAGGGUAUAAGUAUUGUAUGGUAUUGUGGUGCUUCUGCCCAUCCUGGAGGUUGAUGGGCCACAGUGGAAGCUGGAGGAACUGAACAAGAGCAUCAGCAGAAGGUGGGUGGGGCAUCACACCUUUAUAUUACCAAAAAAACAAAAGCGGAUGUAUCACCCAUGUAAGGUAUCGAAUAGUUGCACGUGGCCGCCAUGUUGGAUUUCUGACUAGCGAGUGUGUGCAUGUGUGCUAAAAAAAUCUUAGAAUGUGUUACUUAAAAUACUAUGAUGCUAUCACAUGAGCCCAUGGCAUUCAAACACAUGCAUGUAUGGGUUCGAUUAAUGAAUGAACUCAUGGUGCAUAUACAAUGACAAUAAUGCCUAGUGUAAAUAUUCACAUGUUUGCCCUGUGAUAGGCUACAAUUUAUCUCCAUAAAUACUGUUUGCUUAGUUUGCACAUAUUUUUACUAACCUACAUCAAUUACUUCAUCAAGAUGGGAAAGUCGCAAGAUAUGUUUUAUUCUAUAUUAUUUAUAGUCUUAAGAUGCUUGUUACAUAUCGCUAGUUACAAUACCAUUCUGUUGCAGACAAGGAUGAUUCUCAGUAGCCCGUCACUGUGCUCUGAAUUGGAUUCUGGCUCUGGAGGCUCAAACAUGACUGUAAAUCCAAUUAAGCUACUACAGGGAGAAUCCAUUCAGGUUGUGAAUUAUCCUAUGUAGAAUUAUUUUGAAAAGCCAGAAGUGUUUUGGGGCCUCACGUGAUUGUCAUUACAAGGAUCAAAUGCAUCUGAGAAGUUAGCUUGAUCACUGAGCAUAUUUUGCUUGGUCAGGGAUUUUUCCAGUAAUUAACAGGUGGCUGAGAAAAGAAUAAGACCACUGAUAAAAGCUGUCACGUGGAGGCUUCUUGUCUCUGGGAAGAGUUGAUUGUCCUCGGAGAAUGGUUUAUCUUAUCUAUGAGAAAAGGGUUGACCAACAAUUGGCAGAAUUCCACAAUUAAAAAGUGAAAAGAUGUAGAACUGAGUUGUGGGAAAACAGGAGGAGUGAAAUAACACACUGUAUAAGAAUUGUGCCCUGGCAGGGACAAAUUCAGAUGAACAGCUGGCAUCUCACAUUGUUGCUUGUCAAUAAAGUUAAAACUCCUGCGACCUGGAGCUUCGACUCUGAGAGCUUUCUUUGAUACCAGAACUGAAGGGACACUGAGACAUCGAAUUUGCCACGAAAUAAUUGGCGAGACAGCCAGGAAGAAGACGGGAUAGGCCCACGGUGGGCGUGUUGGGACAAUGCAUCACGAAACAAAGCUGCCAUACAAACAAGACCUGAUGGAGGAGAAGCAACAUGUCAAAACUAGAAAAAAAACUCGCUCACAGACUAAAAGUAUUUCUUUACUGAAAAAAAGAGACAAGAAAUGUUUCACCUGCCAUCAGUGUGGAAAGAGUUUCACACGCAAACAGAGUCUCAAGGAUCACAUGAGGAUCCACACUGGAGAGAAACCGUUCACAUGUGAUCAGUGUGGGAAGAGUUUCAGACAACAAGGAAACCUUAAGACACACAUGAUCAUCCACACUGGAGAGAAACCGUUCACAUGUGAUCAGUGUGGAAAGAGUUUCAGACAACAAGGAAACCUUAAGACACACAUGAUCAUCCACACUGGAGAAAAACUGCAUGAAUGUGAUCAAUGUGGCAAAACAUUUUUGACAGCUUCAGUCCUGAAGAUCCACUUGAAAGUUCAUUCACAGGAGAAACCACAUUCAUGUUCUUUGUGUGGAAAGAGUUUUUCACUGAUGCAAAGUUUAAAAGAACAUCAGAAAAGACAUACUGGUGUAAGAAAUCAUAUGUGCUUUGAGUGUGAGAAGACCUUUAUUUCAGCUGGAGAAUUGAAACAGCACCAGAGGAUCCACACUGGAGAGAAACCUUACAAGUGUUCACACUGCAACAAGAGAUUCAGUCAGUCAGGAACCCUGAAAGCUCACGAGAGGAUCCACACUGGAGAGAAACCUUACAAGUGUUCACACUGCGACAAGAGAUUCAGUCGGUCAAGGACCCUGAAAGCUCACGAGAGGAUCCACACUGGAGAGAAACCUUACAAGUGUUCACACUGCGACAAGAGAUUCAGUCGGUCAAGGACCCUGAAAGCUCACGAGAGGAUCCACACUGGAGAGAAACCUUACAAGUGUUCACACUGCAACAAGAGAUUCAAUCAGUCAGGACAUCUGAAAGCACACGAGAGGAUCCACACUGGAGAAAAACCUCACAAGUGUUCACACUGCGACAAGAGAUUCAAUCAGUCAGGACAUCUGAAAGCACACGAGAGGAUCCACACUGGAGAGAAACCUUACAAGUGUUCACACUGCGACAAGAGAUUCAGUCGGUCAAUGACCCUGAAAGCUCACGAGAGGAUCCACACUGGAGAGAAACCUUACAAGUGUUCACACUGCAACAAGAGAUUCAGUCUGUCAGAAACCCUGAAAGCUCACGAGAGGAUCCACACUGGAGAGAAACCUUACAAGUGUUCACACUGCGACAAGAGAUUCAGUCGGUCAGAUCAUCUGAAAACACACAAGAGGAUCCACACUGGAGAGAAACCUUACAAGUGUUCACACUGCGACAAGAGAUUCAAUCAGUCAGGACAUCUGAAAGCACACGAGAUGAUCCACACUGGAGAGAAACCGUAUCACUGCACUGCAUGUGGGAAGAGUUUCAACCAAUCAUCUGCUCUACACAGUCAUAAAAAACACAAUCACAGUAAGUAGAUCAUCUUCAGAUCCAGUACUUUCAGGUCUGAUGCCAGAUCCUCAUCAGCCGUGACCCAAUAAUACCAUCGAGCAAUAAAAUCUGUCCUAACCAGCCACAGCAAUCAACAAGACAAAGAAACAUAAUCUUAAUUUAUUUAGUGAAUGAAGUUCAUCUUUAAAACGAACAGUUUCAUCUGUGAGAUUCACAUCUACUCAAAGAUUGUCACAGAUCCCUUGUCUCCUGGACUCCAAUUCCCAUGAUCCUCCUGUUCUCCACACCUGCACUCACUUCCCUCGUCAUCUCCCCAUCAUCAUCACCUGGACUUCCUCGUCAGCACUCCCUAUAUAUAUGGACUCACUCCCUUCACUCCUUGUCUCUUCUAAAUGUUAGUUAUAUGUGAUGUUAUGCUUCGGCUCCGUGUUUCCUAUUAAAUACCCUUAUUGGUGGAUAUCCGUUUAAGCUUCAUCUCUAUUGCAUACACUUCACGUAACAAAGAUGGACAAAGAUUUUUUUUGUAUAUAAUUAUAAUUUUUCAAGAUUCAUUUUAUGUUCAAUUUUCUUAUAAUACAUGUGUCAUUUGCAGUUUAUUUACACUUUUAAUGAAGGAAAGUAGAAGGUUUUUACAGGUUCGAACUGUUCUUGUUCAGGAAGCUGAAGAAGAGGCUGAUUUACUUGUUCUUCAACUAGUCAUUCUUCCACACAUAGUGUAUUUACAAAACACAGAUGUAAGAUAUACUGUCAUGUAGAUUUUCAACUGUUUGAAAUGUUUUGCUAUCCUGUUAGUCAAUAAUAAGAGAGAUCUGUCUCAUUUGUUUCUAUGUUUACUUUUUUUGUUUAUGCUUCACAAAGUAUUAAACUUUUGUUGUCUGCUGAUUCUUCAUUCAUCAAGAAUAAAUUCAU